AUGGCUAAAGAGGCGCCAGCCUCGGUGCGGUUCAGAAAUAUGGGCAGCAUCGUGGUUAAAUGCGCGGUGACAGAUUUGGCCAUUCAGUGGGCUCUCUGGGCUGUGUCAACCAUUCUCCAGACCGAGAAGUUUUACGAUUUGGCAGGAUCGGGGACUUUAAUCAUAUUGACUCACCUGAGUUACAGGUGGAAUGGCACUAGUUUCCUGAGACAGCGAAUACAUGGUGCAUUGAUAACUACAUGGGGCUUAAGACUGGGCUUGUUCCUGUUCCUAAGAAUGUUAAAGGAAAGCCAGGAUCGACGCUUCAAUCACCUUCGCAACAAUCCUAAAAACUUAUUUGUUUAUUGGACUAUUCAAGGUAUUUGGAUCUUCCUCACACUCCUUCCAACACUAAUUUUAAACACUCAGAAAAAGGACAUACCUCUGUGUGCCCGAGACUUCAUAGGAUGGGCAAUCUGGGCUUUCGGCUUUAUUCUGGAAGCAAUUGCAGACCAGCAGAAGUGGAAUUUCAGAAGUAGCAUUAUAAGUGCUGACAGAUUCAUUCGCCAUGGGCUCUGGGCGUACAGCCGACAUCCAAACUACUUCGGUGAAAUGCUUCAGUGGACUGGCCUGUUCAUCUCUGCUUCCACUGUAAUGAAGGGAAUGGAGUACAUCAGUGUCUUCUCUCCAGUAUUUCUGUGGUUCUUACUCACCCAUAACUGGUGGUCAAUGGGUUUCUCGGUCAACAAGCCACUUUUUUAAAAAGGAAAAGGAGAUCCGGAACAUGUCUUCUCAACUGAUGACCCCAAUGCCUUAAGAUUCUUACCGUGUUACAUUUUGUUUUACAACCCUGAUGUAAUAGAAUUACAGUGGAAUGGUGAGGAGAAACAUUGUUUCUAACCCUCAGUUUAAAAAUAGUUUUGGAACAAAAAGUUACUGGAAGUUAAUAGUUCUCAAUGUCACUUAUUCAAGGAAAAAGGUCACCAAUUCAUCAGGAAUUUUUGCAACAGUUGUACACAACUUCUCACCCUCAGGUGAAUAAAGAACUCCCACUAAAUCAAGGACCAAUCUAAGCGAGAAAUUUAGCAAGUUUUGCACAAUGUUCAUUGAAGUUGAGACAUAUUUUUAAAAUCCACAAAUAGCCUGAUGUAGGAUGAACUGCUGCCUUGUUACACCUGCACAACAGCCUGAUUUACAAAGUGAGAUCUAUGGAACAGGUCAUGCAGAUUUUCCAAGUGACAUUGUUUGAAGUUCCUCAACUGUUUAAGAAAAUAAA